CCCACAAAGAGCAAACCACGACUCCACAUCCACCUCCGCGCAUCCUUAGGCUACACAAUUCUCUGCCACAUGAUUGAGCGAAGACAAUCGAAACGAACAAUGAAUGAGCAGUUUUGCCCCGGAUGGGAUGGCCUUGCCGCACGGUCGCAGCACCUUCCCGCACGAAACAGAUAGACACAUGGGACGUCGAUGUCCUGCAAUGCUGCUCAGGCGCGUAUAAAAUAGCGAGAAUGCGCAGUACAGAAUACACCACCGCAUUCAGCACUCAUACAUCUCUCUACCAAUAGCCAAGUGACUUUGUCAAGUAUCGCAACCAUGCCGCUCGACCUUUCCAACCCCGGCCGAAGAAUCCACGUUGGCAUCAUCCUUAUGGGCGAAACCGAAAUCCUCGAUGUCGCCCCGAUCGACUUCCUGCACGCCCUCUCGCCAAAGUUCAUCCACGCGAUGCCCAUCUCCGACGAGCUGAAGGCGAAGGCGCUGGACAUGGAGUUCCAUUGGGUGACGGAGAAGGGGGAGUCCGCGAGCUUGACGGCGGGGAUUAGUCUGAAUGCAACGGACUCGUAUGCGACGUGUCCGCCGCUCGAUAUCGUCCUCAUCGGCGCGUACUUUCCCACCUACACACCCACCGAGGCGGACCUGGCCUUCAUCCGCAAGGCGCACGACAACUGUACAGCUUUUCUAACCAUCUGCGGCGGCAUCCUCCCCGCGCAGCUCGCCGGCCUGCUCGCGGGUCAUACCGCGACUGCCCCGCGCUUCAUGCUGCCGAUGCUCCGCGAGCAGGACCCGCGCACAACGUGGGUUGAGAAGCGCUCUCACCACGAUGGGAAGAUCUGGACGAGCGGCGCGCUGCUGAAUGGGCUGGAUAUGAUGCGCGAGUUCGGGAUGCAUUAUUGGCCUGAGUUGACGGCGGUCGCGGUGCCGCUUGGGGGGUGGCCUGAGAGGGGCAUCGAGUAUGAGGGGCCAAUGGAACAGCUGGUUGGGGAGAUAAAGUGGGGUGCUGCUACGGCGUAGAGGGUGGGAUGGCUGUGAAGGAUCACGCAUCAACGCUCUGUAUACUUCACCGUCUUCAGGCUGGUCACUAUUAUGCAGAAAAUACAUUCAGAAGCUAUCACAUCUGUUCUGUGAAUAAUCGACUGCUCGGUGGCUUUAUUGUCUCCUGGAGCGCAUUUUCGGGCCUCAGUGUACCUUCAUCCCGUCACAUUUCAAUACAAAAAUGU